AAGCAGACGACGCAACACUAAUUUUUUUUUCUCUUAAAUUUCGUCUAGUACCAUGGCCGAGAUGGAGAAUAAAUCAAUUUGUUAUGAUAUAUUACAGUUUCAAGAAACAUUGAGGAAGAUGAGAACAUUGGACGACAAGAUUAUUUACACUUUCAACACAUCAAUACCAACAGACUCAUUUAAAGGACAAGUCAACGAAUCUGCCACCUGCAAGCAUUUAUAUGAUGAGUUACAAACCAACUACAGAAGCAGAGAGCACAGUAUCAAGCAGUGCAUUGAUAUUUUGGCGAAUGAAGUUCGUUCGCUUAAACAGGAAAAGGACUCGCGGCCCGACAACAUUCAAUUGCUCAAGAUUUUGCGAAGGGAGCAGACUUCCCUUCGCCUUCUUCAAACCGAGCUUGGAGUAGAGGAAGUAAUCAAGGAAAGAACAAUGAAAGUGUUCAACGAACAUUGCCGCGACUACUAUAAGCCUCCCGAAGCUUCACCCUAGCUUUAAAAAAAGCAUGACAUCCAAGUUAGUCCGAAAAUAAAUAUGUUUCAUAUCAAAACAA